CCCGCAAUAGUCUCCUCCAUCCUGGAGCCCCGGAACCGCGCUUGCUGCAGCCUGCCGGUGUCUUUUAUUUAUUUAUUUUGCACCAACAGGGUUGCUGCAGACUCAUUCUCAGCUGGUUUAAAAGCGAGGAGGGAGGCCAAAAAAAAAAAAAUAGAGACACGCUUCCAGGCUCUUUGCCUUUCUGGCCCAGGGUCUUGCCAGCCGGUGGGGGUUCCUGGCAGGGGGUGGCCACAGAGGCCACAGAGGGGGAGACGUGGGGACCUGCAAUGCCGCGGGAAUGGGACCGUGGAUGCUGCCCUCCAACUGGAUGUCGCCCUCUGGCCCCUCCGGGUCCAUGACAGGAUGGCCCCUACUGCAGCCCUGAAACUAGCUUGGCCCCCGUGGCUGCUGCUUCUGCUUCUCCUUCCAACCCACGGCAGUGGCGGCUGCCCAGCAGUGUGUGACUGCGCCUCCCAGCCCCGGGCAGUGCUCUGUGCCCACCGACGCCUGGAGGCCGUGCCAGGGGGCCUCCCUCUGGACACUGAGCUUCUGGAUCUGAGUGGAAACCGCCUUUGGGGCCUGCAGCGGGGCAUGCUCUCCCGCCUGGGCCUGCUCCAAGAGCUGGAUCUCAGCUACAACCAGCUGUCCACGCUCGAACCCGGGGCCUUCCAUGGCCUGCAGAGCCUGGUCAGCCUCAAGUUGCAGGGUAAUCGCCUGCGCAUCAUGGCUCCUGGGGUCUUUGCAGGCCUGUCUGCCCUGACACUCCUGGACCUGCGCCUCAAUCAGAUUGUCCUCUUCCUAGAUGGGGCCUUCAGGGAGUUGGGGAGUCUCCAGCAGCUGGAAGUGGGCGACAAUCACCUGGUGUUUGUGGCCCCGGGGGCCUUUGCAGGGCUGGCCAGACUCAGGAGCCUCACCCUGGAGCGUUGCAACCUCAGCACCGUGCCCGGCCUGGCGUUGGCACAGAUGCCAGAGCUGGUAGCUCUGCGACUGAGAGAGCUGGAUAUCUGGAGGCUGCCAGCAGGUGCCCUCCGGGGUCUGGGCCAGCUCAAGGAGUUGGAGAUACACCACUGGCCAUCUCUGGAGGUUCUCGAGCCAGGCAGCCUGCAAGGACUUAAUCUUAGCAGCCUGGCCAUCACUCGCUGCAACCUGACCACGGUGCCCUUCCAGGCGUUGCAUCACCUCAGUUUCCUCAUCGUUCUAGAUCUAUCCCAGAACCCAAUCUCUGCCAUCCCUGCCCGCAGCCUCAGUCCCCUGGUGAGGCUCCAAGAGCUGCGUCUUUCGGGCGCUGGCCUCACCUCCAUCGCGGCCCAGGCCUUCCACGGCUUAACAGCCUUCCACCUGCUGGACGUAGCUGACAAUGCUUUGCAGACCUUGGAGGAAACGGCCUUCCCUUCUCCAGACAAGCUUGUCACACUUAGGCUGUCUGGCAACCCUCUCACCUGUGACUGUCGCCUUCUCUGGCUGCUCCGGCUGCGACAACGCCUGGACUUUGGCACGUCCCCUCCUGCCUGUGCUGGACCCCAACAUGUCCAGGGGAAGAGCCUGAGGGACUUCUCUGACAUCCUCCCUCCUGACCACUUCACCUGUCAACCGGCCCUGAUCCGAAAGUCAGGGCCACGGUGGGUGACAGCCGAAGAGGGAAGCCUGGCUGUCUUUUCCUGCUCCGGAGAUGGAGACCCCGCUCCCACUGUGUCUUGGAGGCGACUUCGGGGGGCCUGGCUGGGCCGGGCUGGGAGAGUUAGGGUCCUGGAAGAUGGCACCCUGGAAAUCCGCUCUGUGCAGCUUAGAGACCGGGGGGCCUACAUCUGCAUGGUAAGCAACGUGGCCGGCAAUGACUCCUUGAGGACCUGGCUCGAAGUCAUCCCUGUGGAGCCAAUCAAUGGCACACUGGACCCCAACAUCACCAUGCCAGAGAUCCCCAGACCCUUCUUCCUGGAUGGCAGAGGUGUGGCCAUGGUGCUAGCUGUUGGCUUCUUGCCCUUCCUCACUUCAGUGACCCUCUGCUUUGGCCUCAUUGCCCUCUGGAGCAAGGGCAAAGGCCGGGUCAAACAUCAUGUGACCUUCGACUUUGUGGCCCCUCGACCCUCUGGGGACAAGAAUUCUGGGGGGAACCGGGUCACCGCCAAACUCUUCUGA